AUGCUCGAAUUCCCAGACGACGAGCCACCCGCAAAGGCGUACUCGCCUCGACAGGCAGAGGCUCUGUGGGGCGACCGCCUCUGUGACUAUGAGCUGCAGGAGAUGCGCGACUACAAGGAGAUUUACUUUGCUGGCACUGCAUCUGCAAAGAAGAAGAAUGCUACCAUGGACAGCGACUCGUCUGCGAACAACUACGGCUACGAUGACGAGCGCGGCGACUAUCUAGUCGUGGAUCAUGAUCACCUGGCGUACCGGUACGAGGUCAUGAGCCUCCUUGGUCGAGGGUCCUUCGGCCAAGUGCUUCAGUGCCGGGAUCACAAGACGGGUAAGGCGGUGGCCAUCAAGCUGAUUCGAAACAAGAAGCGGUUCCACCACCAGGCACUCGUCGAGGUCAAGAUUCUUGAGAACCUUACAAAGUGGGAUCCAAAUGAGGAGUUCAACGUCAUCAAGAUGACCGAGUCAUUUUAUUUCCGCAACCACUUGUGCAUCGCAAUGGAGCUCCUCAGCAUCAACCUCUACGAGCUCAUCAAGGCCAACAACUUUGCCGGUUUCUCAACCCGCCUCAUCCGCCGUUUCGCGACGCAAACACUCCUGUCUCUCAGCCUCAUGCGCCAUCAUCGUGUCGUACAUUGCGAUCUCAAGCCCGAGAACAUUCUCUUGAGGCAUCCUCGGAAAAGCGCCAUUAAGGUCAUCGACUUUGGUUCCAGCUGCUUUGAGCACGAAAAGGUCUACACCUAUAUCCAGAGUCGCUUCUACCGCUCCCCCGAAGUUAUUCUAGGUAUGAACUAUCACACGGCGAUCGACAUCUGGAGUCUAGGCUGUAUUCUCGCCGAGCUCUACUCCGGUUAUCCUCUCUUCCCCGGAGAGAACGAGCAGGAGCAGCUGGCGUGUAUCAUGGAGAUCCUCGGUAUUCCAGACCGGUAUCUCAUCGAGAGAAGCUCACGCAAAAAGCUUUUCUUCGACUCGACGGGUGCGCCCAGACCUGUGGUUAACAGCAAAGGGAAGCGCAGACGUCCGGCUACAAGGUCAUUGGGCUCGGCGCUUAAUUGUAACGAUGACCUGUUCCUCGACUUCUUGCAGAAGUGUCUGCAUUGGGAUCCAGAAAGAAGAAUCAAGCCAGACCCGGCUCUCCGCCACCCCUGGAUCAAACGACACACGGUCAACCAUGAAGUCAUGCAAGCAAGCCUUGGUCGCUCGCUCGCAAACUCCUUCAACGGCGCCACAGCUUCUACAUCUUCGUCCUCGGCUGUUCGUAAGCCGACCAGCACAUCAUCGCAGGGACCAAAGGUGUCGACCAAGUACGUUUCUGGCCACCCAUCGUCAUUGACGGGCUCCACCAUGUCGUCCUCCUCGUCCGCUGGUGGCCCAAAGACGUCUGCAAGUGCUUACGUGACGCCUGCGAGAAGCGAGCGGAGGACGUCAAUGAACAGUAGCAACAAUCCUACGAGCCCGCUGCGGAGGACUCGGCAACAGCAGCAACAGACAGUGUCUUGA